UUGCUCGUUAAAAUCAGAAAAUAAAUAUCUGGGUGUUGAGGAAAAAAAGAGUUUUGAUUAAUUCAAUAGGGAAGGAGUGACACCAAUGGCCACAAGGGUAUUGGUGCUCUAUCUCCUAUCAGGUUUCUCUGUGGCUGUUCUUUCUGUCCUAUUCCUCAGCGAUGUCAAUGGUUAUAGCCCCAACAGAAACCUUCUAUCUUCUUCAUCAAACUCAACUCUAUUGGAGUACCCUUCAUAUGUCUCCAGCAGUAGUACUGAUACUGUUUGGCCCGAAUUAGAGUUCAGUUGGAGACUUGUGUUGGCAACCGUGAUAGGAUUUCUGGGAUCAGCAUGUGGAACUGUUGGUGGAGUAGGAGGAGGAGGCAUUUUUGUUCCCAUGCUUACUUUGAUUGUUGGCUUUGAUACCAAGUCUGCUGCUGCGCUUUCUAAAUGUAUGAUAAUGGGGGCAUCAGCAUCAUCAGUUUGGUACAAUCUAAGAGUUCCACAUCCAACAAAGGAAGUGCCAAUCCUAGAUUAUGAUCUUGCCCUUCUCUUCCAGCCCAUGCUUAUGCUAGGCAUCACUAUUGGUGUGGCUCUUAGCGUUGUCUUCCCCUACUGGCUCAUCACUGUCCUCAUCAUUAUUCUCUUCUUGGGUACCUCAUCGAGGUCUUUCUGCAAGGCAAUCGAGAUGUGGAAGGAAGAGACUAUUUUCAAUAAAGAAAUAGCCAGACAGCAAGAAGCUUUGGUCAACUCUCGCGGGGAACUUCUGAUUGAUACAGAGUAUGACCCAUUGGUACCUAGAGAGGAGAAAUCUCAAAUGCAAAUACUAUGUUUCAACCUUAGGUGGAAGUGGAUUUGGGUGCUAGUGCUUGUAUGGAUUGCUUUCCUAGCCUUGCAGAUCAUCAAGAAUGAUGUGGAGGUAUGCAGUGUCUGGUAUUGGGUGCUAUUCUGCGUGCAGUUCCCCAUUGCACUUGGAGUGUUUGGAUAUGAAUCAGUUAAGUUGUAUAAAGAACACAAGAAGAGGAUGAGCACAGGCAACACAGAAUCGAUUUGCGAGGCUUCCAUAGGAUGGACUGCAAUGCACAUUGCAUUCUGUUCAUUAUGUGGUAUUUUAGGAGGCACUGUAGGUGGUCUACUUGGUUCUGGUGGUGGAUUCAUUCUAGGUCCACUUCUUCUUGAGAUUGGUGUCAUCCCCCAGGUUGCAAGUGCGACAGCCACAUUUGUCAUGAUGUUCUCCUCAUCCUUAUCCGUGGUGGAGUUCUAUCUUCUCAAGAGGUUUCCUAUUCCUUAUGCUUUAUACCUCACAUCAGUGUCUAUUUUAGCUGGAUUCUGGGGACAGUUUAUAAUAAGAAAAAUAAUCACAUUUCUUAAGAGAGCAUCAAUUAUUGUAUUUGUUCUCUCUGGUGUUAUCUUUGCUAGUGCAAUCACAAUGGGGGUCAUUGGUAUUGAGACUAGCAUUGAAAUGAUACACAAUCAUGAGUUCAUGGGGUUUUUAGGGUUCUGCAGCAGCCAGUGAUUGUUGACAAUGGCAACCAUGCAAUAUUGGAAGUGCUAAGGAAAAAUGGAUGCAAAGGCAGUGGGGAGUGUUGGCCAACACCUAGUUGACCAAACUCUAUCCCCCUCCAAAGGAAAAUAAAACCUGAAAUAUUGUUGUGAAGCAAUAAAGGUCUGCUUUGUGUGGUGUGGCUUAGGCAGGCUGUAUUGUGUGUUAGCUACUGGCUAACAUGCAUUUGAUUUCCCCCAUUCAGAUUUAUGCAAAGUAUUUAAUGGAAUUACUUUCUUAGAUAA